GGAGGCGAUCGCUAGAGGGUACUAAAGUUUCGUCAUCGCGGAGCCGGAGAAGAUCAUUGUAGUUCAGUGGGUAGCAAUCCAUUUGAGGACGCAUUUACAGUGCGAUUGUCUCUUAAAGAAAUAAUUAACAAUCACCGUCGUCUUGCUUCUCUUUUGAGAGAAACUCUGACAAGCACAACUUUUGAGCUAAAAGGAGGACAACGAGAGCUCCCAAUGUUCAACCCGCACACCCACCAACAGCAGCAGCACCAGCAGCAGCAGUUCCACCAGCACCUGCGGCAGUUACAACAACUUUUCCACCAGCAGCCCCCGCCGCCACCGCCGCCUCCACCGCCGCCACAGUCCGCUCCAGCUCGCCAUGUCGCCCAUCACCGUCAUCAGGCACCACGACCCAUCUCUGUGCCUCCACAUACAACACCGACUCCACCCAGAAUGGUCAACCUAUGCCAGGCAACCCAAACCUCCAUUAUUAGCCCCAAUCCGAUGCUGCAGGGAGCCUUAAUGAUGCAGCAGAUGCAAGGUAACAUGCGGGGCUUUGGAAUGGGCGGACAACAGUUCCGUCAGUUCUUCGCGGCUACAAACAGGUCUCUGCUGGGUCCGGUUCCAAUUGGCAUGGCAAUGAAGUCCCCCCUCAUGGGUUUCCCCCCUCCUGCUCGCCCCUUCCACCCUCACCCUCGCUUCUACAACAAUGCCUCCCUUACCACCAGCGCGGCCGCCACAAGCACGGCCACCACCUCCUCUGUUACCGCCACCAGCACGGAUGCCGUUGUUCCCCAGUCGGACAAGAAAAGUGACAGCGAGGUGAUGGCGGAUGGGCCUACAGCUGACAUUCCAGCAGCUAGCAAGGCCAGCACAACUGAAACAGAUGGUGUGGUGGAAUGGGUUGAUGGAUCUGCACAGAGUUUUGAGGAACAGCUUGAAGAACCUGCAGUGAAGAGGCAGAGGAUGGAAGGGUCUGAGGAGCCUAAAGAGGAUGCUGUUGUCAACACUGCAAAUUCAGAUGGUGAAGAUCUUGUUUCAGAAUGUAAAAUAGAAGGCACCCAGCUUGAUGAUUGCCUUCUAGAGGACAGAGGCCUGACACCGGGUUCAGAACCUGUUGAGGGAAUGGAGGAGUGCCAUGCCUCCAUCGUGGGUGAUGAUGAGCCAUCAGACAAACCGGAAGCGGAGGGGGGUGGUGCAGAGGGUGUCAACAAGUUUUAUUGCUACCUCUGCACCAUUACCUGCCACAGUCAGGAAAACUUUCGGAGUCAUAUGAACAGCGUUUCCCACCAGCAGAGGAUGAUGGAGAUUCAGCAUAUGAGCAACGCUUGCCUGGUCACACUCCUGCCACGACUGCACGAGACUCUACAGGGGACCAGUAAAGAUGGAGAGAAAAAAGCUGACAUGCAGGGUUGGUGUGCCACCUGUUGUGUUCACUACUCCAGCAGUUUCUCAGACCAUCGGCGCACAGAGGAGCACAAAAUUGCAAGCAGAGCAGCUGUGUCGUCCUGCGGCAUUUGUAAGAAAAAUUUCCGGAGCUCGAAGCUAUUCGUAGCACACUUACAGUCCCAGGAGCACCGACAGAGAUUAGAGAAGGAGAGCUCUGUCACUUCAUCCAAGUUGCUGGACAAAGACGGUUUUGACUUGGAGGAAGAGAAGGAUGAGGAGCGCGACCUGGAUGAAGAAUACUGCCCUGAGACCCAGGAUGGAUACAACUCAAGUCGAGAGGUUACUCUGAAAGACAUGGCGAGUGAUGCGCAUUAUGACCCUGACACCAUCUACGAUUCCAGCUUCUUUGUGCCGGUGGCCGGUUUCAUUUGCCGACUCUGCAACAAGUUCUACCAUUUUGACUCGUCUGCAUUACACACUCACUGCAAAUCCCUGAAGCACUUUGACAACCUCAAGAGACAUAAAGAAUCGCUUGGCAAAAACACCAACAGCGACAAGAACAGAAUCGGUAUCAAAACUCAGCAGUACAGAAAACCAGCGCCAGGACAGUGCAGAGGAGCCCGGCACUUGUCAAGCGUCAAAAGCUCCAGCAAAGGUUCCUGCCGUCAUCACUGAUCUGCCUGCCUCCACUGACAACACCAAGCGAGAAGAAGACAAUGAAAAUGCUUUGCCGAAGCCAAACACCAGGCGCAGGUCCGGUAGGGCAGCAAGCAGGCGCUGAAGGACGGGUGAUGGCCGGACUUGACACCCCCUCAAAAAACCAUCUCUCCAUUUCAUCUUAAAUGUGACGGUGGAGGACGUCCCCGAAAAAUGAUGGGAUUAACAAAUUGAGAAAGUGAGAAAAAUUGCAUUGUGGAUUCAAAUGGCAAAAAUUAAAACAUCCUCUAUAUUUUUUUUACAUUUAUUUGUGAGAAAGGGUUACUUAAAUUGCUAAUUCACUUGUGAUAACUAAAGGACAAUUUUUAGUACUUUUGAAAACUCAAAUGUCAACUUCCCCAAAAGCUGUACAAUUCAGAUUUCAACCAUAAUGUUCUGGAAAAACAAAACUUAAGUGUUCAAACCCGAAACGCUCAAGAUUUAGGCACAGUGAAUUUAUGAAAAUAAUUUAUUCCACAAGUGUUGUUUUUUUGUGGAUUACCCCCCCCCCCCCCCCCCCGUGAUACUACCAAAAAUCUAGAAAUGGCUGCAGUUGGCAAAGCUUCAGAUGGCUCAAUACAAAGGAACAAUUGAUCAUCAACUGCAUGAUUAAUCCUACAAUCUGAAUCAAGCAAAAAAGUGUAAAAAAAAAAAAGACUAACUCAUGAGCAACCAUUUUUGAGUUCUCACCAAUGCCUGUAAGAUACCACUGGGGUACACUGAACCGUUUUGUUUCCCCUCCAUUGUGUCUGUCAGGCGAGUAGUUUUAUGUUAUAUGUUUAUAUUUUUAUUGCAUAUUAGGAAAGUUAAAGCAUUUUACUGUUAAAGGUUUUCUUAGGGCUAAAUUUUGAGAAUCAUUCAUUCCUGUUCCAUAAUUUUCUCUUGGGAAAAUUGUUAAAUGAAUACAACUUGAAAUAAAUGCCCCCCAAUUGUGUUCCAUUUUGGAGGUUCCACUUUUUAUUUUUAAAGAAUAAAAACCUUUUCUUAAAAAAAAAAAAAAAAAAUGAGGGCGUUCUUUGGGUCAGUUGGGCAACAGACAUUGCAGCAAAGACCUUGCAACCAACCUCUCGCAAAUAAAGACAACUGUAAUGUUUACUGUACAGCUUUAUUUGAAAGCUUGUCCAUCAUGGCCUGUUUAUGCUGCUCACAAGACUGCUCUUAUGUCAUCGUGUGUUUUAAAUCAUGUCGGACCAUCAGUGUUUGCUUCUGGCAUUUUGGUGUCAUGUUCUGUUUUUUUUUUUUAAAGUGAAGUUUUGAUAUCUGAUGAAAGAGUAGAGGCUUGACACAUCUUCUAAAACUAAACGCUUAAUUUUUGCUUCAUUUUUUGGACCAUUCUAUUAUAAGAGGUUCACUAAUUCAUCACUCCUUUUUUCUUAACUGUUCCAGGAACAUUUCAUCCUCAGUUGUAGUUAUUUAGAGCCAAAGUCUUGCUCAUAUGUAGCAAAGCUUGACAUCACCAUUGGUGACCAGGCACAUGAUUAGCACAAGCUUCCACCACCCCUCACUGUUUUUGUUUGUAGGAUUCUAUAUAUUGGAGCUCUGAAUGAUGUGAUUUCAAAACAAAUCUUUGUUUCUUAUGACUAUUUUUUAUUCAGUGACAGAUGAAACUGAAAUCAAGAUGUUUUCUAAACUGCUGGAAGUAAUGUAUUUUCUUGGUCAUUUUAAUUUAUAUUAAAAUGUCUCUAUUCCCAA